CGACUUAGCAAUACGUGGUUGUUACAGUGUCGAUCAGUCUGCUCCGAGGAGAACCUGGAGCGGGCUCGAUACUUCGAGUCGUCGGCCUGAAAUAGUGCGCCUCUCUGUGUUCAUAUAUCGCCGCAUGGUUGUUAUCCGUUUACAUGGACGAAUGGGAUAUGAUGGCCAGUUCUACGUAACUUUUGGGUUUGCCUGUUGCGAAUUAAAGACGACUAAUUAGAGAUCGGGAGAUAUUAGAUGGCCUUUGAUAACGUAGCUUAUAGCAGAAAGAAGAAAUGUCUUGGAGUAGCUAAUAUUAGAACUUUUGGAAGAUAUAUCGGUUCACUUUGGAGGGGAAGGGCAAUAACUUGUGCUUGGAAUUUAACGUCCCCUUCCUAUUGAUCGCCAUAAUGGAAUGACUAUGUUGAUGUGACAGAUUGAUAAAGAACAAUAAAGUGGAGACAUUGUGCCCAAGAAGAAGCUGAUAUAAAUUGUUGUUUUGGUUCCUUUCUCAAUUCAAAUGGGAAACUGUGUAAGGAAGAGUGAGGCAGCUAGUGACAUGGAUGAUGAGAUAGACAUGGGAGGUGGCAAUGUGCAUGUAAUAACAAGCAAGGGUAACUGGGAGCAAAAGAUUUCAGAAGCAGAAAAACAAGGCAAGAUUGUUGUAGCAAACUUCAGUGCAUCUUGGUGUGGCCCAUGCAGAGUGAUAGCGCCUUUAUAUGCAGAGUUAUCUGAGAAGUAUCCUUCACUGAUGUUUUUGACCAUAGAUGUUGAUAAACUAAUGGAAUUUAGCUCCUCAUGGGACAUCCGAGCAACUCCAACAUUCUUCUUUCUGAAAGACGGGGAGCUAAUGGAUAAACUUAUCGGUGCUAAUAAACCAGAGCUAGAGAAAAAGAUAGCUACCUUUGCUGAUUCCUCAACUCAGUGCUCCAAGGACACAGCUCUAUGAUGAGAAAGCAUUGAAAACACCAUUGGCAAGGUUCACGCAGGCUGCUUACUACCUUUUAGUACUGGAGAAACUUGUCGAGGCUAUACAUACUGCUAUACAUACUGUAAUUCUUUUGAUGUCUGUGGUGAAUAGACGGUAGUCAUAUUGUAGAAGUGGUGCACGCGUAUUACACUAGGAAAUGGUGGUAUUCGUACCAUUUUGUGUAUGUCAGGAAUUUUAACUUUCUAAGGAAAUGAGGCAUUGAAUUA